AUGGCGUUGCAGUAUGGGAUAGCGGAGUUUUACGACCAGUCGUCGGGGCUUUGGGAAGUCAUUUGGGGCCACCAUAUGCACCAUGGCUUUUACGAUCCGUCCUCCAAUGUUUCCGCCUCCGAUCAUCGAGCUGCCCAGAUCCGAAUGAUCGAAGAGUCGCUCCGUUUCGCUGGGAUUACCGGUUCGUAUUUUCUAUCCAUUUCUGAUCUAUCCGAAGAGUCUUUGCAGCCAUGGGAGAAAAAGCUGCUAAACAGGAUAUGCAAUGCUUAUUAUUUACCCGAGUGGUGUUCUACUUCUGAUUAUGUCAAACUCCUUCAGUCCCUCUCCCUCCUGGAUGUAAAGGCUGCUGAUUGGUCCGAGCACGUUGUCCCGUUCUGGCCAGUGGUGAUACGGUCGGCAUUUACGUGGAAGGGUUUCGUAUCACUGCUACGUAGCGGAUUAAAUACCAUCAAAGGUGCAUUGGUGAUGCCAUUGAUGAUCCAAGCGUACCAGAAGAGUGUGAUCAAGUUCGCCAUCAUUACCUGCCGGAAACCCGAGUAAAUUGCUACGGCGACCGAAUGUUUCAAGUGUGUUGUCUCUGUUGUACUCAGUAUAGGUAUACGGUGGAGGAGGAUGCUACACAACCUGAAACAUCCAUUAUCUCAAGCUUUCAUGAUUCAGCUUCAAAGUCUUUAUUGUUCAUAUUACAAGUGUA